AUGGCUGUGAAGCCGGUUUCCAGCAGCCUGUACGGCUCCAGGGCUCUGGCAGGAGGCCUCGGAGGCUCCAUCACCCACCAGUGCUUCUACUCCCCCACCCCGGCCAACAAAUACGAGCGGAAAUAUUGGUGCAAGUUAUCAGCAAACGGGGUGUGCUACACCAUCAUCUCCUCCAGCGGCUUCACCUCCAGCCACUACCGGGGCAGGGUGGCCCUGGGGGACGUCCCCCAGAACGGCACCUUCACGGUGACAAUGACAGGGCUGAGGAGCAGCGACUCGGGCACCUACAGGUGUGGCAUUGGCAGCACCAACGAGGGGCUCUACGUCAGCCUCAACCUGACCGUCCUGGCAGAUGCUGCCGUGUCCAGGCCAACCCAGCUGGUCCGAGGGGAUCUCCACGGCUCUGUCACAGUCCUGUGCCCCUCUGGGGACACCCAGGGUGACCACAAGAGGUUCUGGUGCAAAGUGGGCAGAAGGAGCUGCACUCUCAUCGCCAGCUCUGACGGCUACGUGGGCAGGAGGUACCAAGGACGGAUCGUUAUCACCCCUCAGGACAGCUCUGGAGCUUCCAAAGUCCUGAUAAACGACUUAAAGAAGGAAGAUUCGGGGCUGUAUCUGUGUGGGACACAAGGCCCGAGGGGUCAGGACAGCCUGCAGGAGGUGGUUCUGCUGGUGGCCACAGCCUCCGCCCUUCCCAGGAGACCCAAGUUCCUCAGCGGCACCAUCGGGGGCUCGCUGUCCUUCCAGUGCCACCACGACCCCAAGGGCACCUACGAGAAGAAGUACCUGUGCAGGUGGCAGGGAGGGAGCUGCCCAGUGCUGCUGGAUGAUGAGGGGUUUGUGCUGGAGUCCUACCGAGGGCGGAUACAGAUGUCCAGCAGCCACCCCCAGCGCGGGACCUACACGGUGCUGCUGAGGCAGCUGAGGGAGGAGGAUGAAGGCUGGUACUGGUGUGGGGCCAGGAGUGGGCACACGGAGCUCACGGCCUCCCUGAAGCUGCUCAUCCACAAGGGAACCUGCUCCUCGUGGGACCCAGGAACAGCCAUGGCACCAAGUCCUGCUGCCCCCAGCACGGCCAGGCAUGGGAGCAUGGCAGACGUGAUGGGCACUGUCCCCAAGGACACCACCAUGGCCAGUGUCACCAAGAACACCAUGGCCAGUGUCACCCACAGCACCACCAUGGCCACUGUCCCCAAGGACACCAUGGCCAGUGCCCCCAAGGACACCAUGGGCAGUGUCACCCACAGCACCAGCAUGACCACUGUCCCCAAGGUCACCACCACGGCCAGUGUCACCCACGGCAGCAGCUCCCUGCUACCCUCUGCCACUCCUGGCACCUCUGCAACCUCCCCAGGUGAAGCCUUUCAGGAGAGCUCCUCGGGUGAGCCACGGCUGCUCCCAGCUGUGUUACCAGCUCUGCUUUUGCUGAUUUGCAUCACCAUCACCAUCCUCACCCUGGUCAAAAUCAAGCUUCAAAAGCAGACAGGAGAGGAAAAAAGCACCACGGGGAGCCUGGAGCCAGCUUUGGCUGGAAGGGAAGAAGGGAUGGAGGAGCCCUGGAAGGGAGGAAGGGAUGGAGGAGAGCCCAAGUCCAGGAGAAGAGCAGGAGUUCAGGAUGGGCUCUGGCAAAUGUAGUCACUCUACGGAGAAAAAUUACUUUUCCAGGUGUCUGAUGAAGACUUGAGCCAGAAUCUGCUGUGAAAGCCCCUGGGUACCUGAGCUGGGAAUUUUCUCUGUGGAAAGACAAGCCCCCAACACCUCCCAGUGUUUUCCCCAGAACCCAAAUCCCCUUUAGUGAGAGCUGAACCCCCACACUGCCCAAACUGCUCCAUGUUUUGAAGAAGAGAGAAUAAAAUAACGCACCUGAACCCAGCUAUUUGUGGGUUGUUUCCCUGAGGGAAAGGUAAAAAAAGGUGUGGGGAGGGAAUCCUUUUUGGCUUCAGGAUUGCUCAGUGAGAGGCAAAAUAUCAGAAAAUCACAGAAUGGUUUGGGUUGGAAGGGACCAGCUUACUAAAAAUAAUAAGGAUUUUACUGUUUUUGGGGUUUUUUUUUUAAAUCCUGAUCCAUGGAGUAAUUUUGCAACACAUAAACCACGUCUGAUUUCAGUUUCUCAGCCACCCACGUUCCCAAAGUGCUAUUUUUCCUUCACCUCUCCUGCAGGGAUAUCCAGAGCUUCAGAAGCAGCUGAAAUUCAAACACAGCCCAGCCCCGAGCAGCAGCGCUGCUUUCACGCUCGCAUCGUGGCUCGUGCUGCAAUCUGCACUCCCCAGAUAAAAGCAGUCCGAAGGUUGUUUGUUUUCUGGAGAUGCCAAAAUGCUUUGGAACAUAUGACUUGGCAGGGAAACGCUUCCUCAUGUGCUAAAGUAAGGAAAUACAUUUCAAAUAUAUUUACAUGAGGCUAUGGAUUGGAUUUACUGGAGGGUGAAAAGGGGGAUUUGGUUAAAAAAAAAACCUAUUUAUUAGCCUUGGGUUCAUUUUUCCUCCUUGAGAUGCACCAGGAGUUACAGGUUCCCAUAUUUCUUCCAGGUUUUCCUCUGCCCACUGCCAUCCCACCUUCUCUUCAAGGUCUUAAAACCACAUUUCCAUCCCUCUGCAGGACCCAGCAGGGAAGGGAUCCCGAGGGAUCCAUGCCUGGGAGAGCAAACACAGCUGUGUCCACUGUGGUCCAGCCAGCACAGCUCGGUGGCCACGAGGCAAAAAAGCAAUGCCAGCAUUACCUGGGGGAUGUUUGGAAUGGUGGGAAGUGUGCAAGGGAUCGGGGUUUGUUCCCAUCGAGGAGAGGUGGUGGUGGCUCAGUCUGAGAUCCCCACCAAGCACAGCGACAGCCAAAAGCUCCUUCCUCACCCCAAAAGCUCCUUCCUCACCCCAAGAGAUCCUUCCUCACCCCAAAAGCUCCUUCCUCACCCCAAGAGAUCCUUCCUCACCCUAAGAGAUCCUUCCUCACCCCAAGAGAUCCUUCCUCACCCCAAAAGCUCCUUCCUCACCCCAAGAGAUCCUUCCUCACCCCAAAAGCUUCUUCCUCACCCCAAGAGAUCCUUCCUCACCCCAAAAGCUUCUUCCUCACCCCAAGAGAUCCUUCCUCACCCCAAAAGCUCCUUCCUCACCCCAAAAGCUGCACAUUCAUGGAAAAAAUGGAGCUCAACACCCUCAGCUAAACAAAAGGCAUUUCCAAGGCUGGCUUUAGGAUGUGACAAAUCUGUUGAAGAUCCCAGUUCUGGGUCAGGAUCUUGCUGCUCCCAGGCACUGCAGGAGCUGCCAUCCUCUUCAAACACAUCAGUUCUCACAGAGUGGGCGAGGAAAGCUCCGUGUGACCCCCCCAGUUAGAAGGAAUUCCUGCUUUUGCAUCAUUAAAAGGAGGCAAAGCAAGGAAUCACAGCUGCCAUGGCUGCUCAGGUCCUGCCCAAGCAAAAAGCUGGCACAGAGCUACCCAAAAGACUCUCCAUGGAUUUGACCAUGGAAUCACCAAGCUCCUUCCCAAAAGAGGCAGAGGAGCCCUGGAGUUUUCCUGGGAGCCCCCAGGCUGGGGUGGCUGUGGUGAGGACACCCUGGAGGGACAGCAGAGCUGGGCUGGGCACUGGCUGGGCU